AUGGGGCGUCUCGCCAUCUCAUCACACUUCCGUGUUCGCGCGUUCAAUUCACAUAAACCCAGGAUUCUGAUUUGGCUACUCUGGAAAACCAGGAUACGUCGUCGUUUUCGGACGCCAGCUUCUCUUUCAGAUGAGGCCGGGCGAGCUUCUCUUUCAGAUGAGGCGGUCAUACUGGCGUCCAGCUGCCCGAAAAGGCGGUCGGGGAGGAGGGUUUUCAAGGAGACCAGGCACCCGGUUUAUCGGGGUGUGAGGAGGAGGAACAACAACAAGUGGGUGUGUGAGCUGAGAGAGCCCAACAACAAGAAGGCCAGGAUAUGGCUCGGGACUUAUCCGACAGCUGAUAUGGCGGCUCGCGCCCAUGAUGUCGCUGCAUUGGCGUUUAGGGGGAACCUUGCCUGCCUCAACUUUGCUGACUCGGUGCCGGCCUCCACCGAUGCCGCGGGGAUUAGGAGGGCGGCCACCGAGGCGGCUGAAGCGUUUAGGCAGGCGGAGGAUGGUGGUGUUGAUGAGAAGGAGAGUAAGGCGGUGGUGAGUGAGGAGAAGGGUUGUGUAGAAAUGGAGGGAAGCAGCAACUUGUUUUAUUUGGACGAGGAGGAAAUAUUUGAGAUGCCAAGGUUGCUUGAUGACAUGGCUGAAGGGCUUAUGCUUUGUCCACCUCAAUGCUUAGAUGGCUACAUGGGAAUGACGCGGAAACUAAUGAUGAUUUGA